AUGGUGGGAAACAACAACAAGAAGAAGGCUGCUGUGGGAAGGCAAACGUCAGGGACACGCAAUCUGCUAUUAGUUGUAGAAUUCUGUUGGAGCACUGACGGAGGUGAAUUUUUGCUUGCUUAUGGUUACAUGUCAAAUGGAAAAUCAAAGAAAUGUGUUAUGCAUUGCGGUAUCAAGUCAACUAAUGUGAUUUUGGACUCAAAAUGCAAUGCCAUUCUUGGUGAUUUUGGUGCAGCCAUGUUUCUAGACCAGCCUGACCUGGCCCUUCAAACAAGAAAGAUGGUGGGGACAUUUGGCUGUGUAGCUCCUGGAUUUUACUAUCAAGGCAGGGCAGCUAAAGAAGCAGAUGUUUAUAGCUUUGGGGUUUUAGUUUUGGAAAUAGCUUGUGGGAUAAGGAAACACAAAGAUGAGGAGUCACAUCUAGGCCUAGUUGAAUGGUUUUGGGAGCUUUAUGGAGCCGGGAAUGUUCUUGAAUCAGCUGGUGAGAGUGUUCAUCCAACUGCCAAGCAGAGGCCUAAAAUCAGUCAAGCUAUUGAGGUUCUUAAAUUGGAAGUUGCAAAGCCAAAUCUCCCAUUUGAGAUGGCCCCAUUCUUUUGGGAACUUGAGCACUUGAUUCUGCUUAAUCAAGCUUUCCGUCCACCACUUCUGAGUCUCGAGAAUGGCUUGAGACAACACUUCCUGAGAAGCCAACCAUGUAAUAACACCAUUGGUGAGAAUGUGGGUUACAUGCUCUUUGCUUCCAAGCUUGUUGACCAGGGGCUAUGA